UUUGAGAAAUACGCCCUGAAAACUCAAUAUAUCAGAGACCUAACACAACCACUACUUUGACUUAGAGUUCUUGUAUAACUUUAACACCAAGAUGUUGCAAUUACAAGUAUGUAAUUAGACAAUAGAGCGGUUUUUAAGGACAGUCGGCAUCCCUCUGAUCUUUUACCGCCAAUUUGCCUAAUAGACCGUGCAGCCAAUCACAGAUUCCCGUUCGGUCACAUGGGUCAAAAUGACUACCCCAACAUGGAGGUCAAUCCAAGUUCGGGAGCCAUGAAAUUUUUGAGGAAUUGACUUUUCUGCUCUAAAAUGCCACGAAGGAGGAAAUCCCAAGGUUAUUUGAAACAUAUUGCAUGGCAAAGUGCAUUGAAUCAUUCGUAAAGGUUAUUUGAACAAGAGGCGGUCCGAACCGAGGGAGUCCAUGCCAUGUGGGAGCUUCCAUACCUGAUGCAAUUCCUGCAUCUGCACCGCCCAAAGUUUAAGUUCAUUAAGCUUUCUAUGAAAGAACUGGAGGGCAGUAUAAUCAACAACGACAGUUUGGUGCUACCAGAUAUUCUCACUCGGUUAUUGAGGUUCCUUGAUAAUGACCAGUCUGUACUGAUCUCCAACUUUGAGACGCAUCUUAGUAAACUUUUAAAUGAGAAGAAAAAAGAUAAUAACCUACUUAGUUCAGGGAAACUUCGUGAUCUCAAGCCCGAUGAUAAGGUGCAAGUAUUGCGAUGGCUAAUAGACUACGUCACCGAUGAGAAAAACGACGACUUAACAGACACGCUUAACGAUUCAUUUAGUUCGGAUGAUAUGAGAGCAAUAAAUGUUGGCCAGGACGCGUUUGGGAAUACAUACUGGUAUUUUGAUGAUUUAAGACUCUACAAGGAAAGUGCGGCGGUAAAAGGUGGCAGGAAGGAGUGGGAUUGCAUCUCCGUGUCGUUAAGCGACUGGCAUUCGUUCCUCAACAAAUAUAAAAAGUCUUCGAACCCGGCUGAAAAGGAGCUUUAUGAGUAUCUCCACAAUGAGCUCUUUCCAGUGAUAGAGCCUCAGUUAGUUAAGCAAGAGAAGGACGGAUUUAAUGAUAAAAAUCCCGACCUGGACCGGGACGCCAUUUUAAGUAAAGAAAAAAUUGAUACGGAGGGCAUGAUCAAGAAAGAGACGCCGGUCGAGUUGGUCCUGCCGGAGGUCAAGCUGGAACCUAUCACCAACGGCAACGAUACGCCAAAAGAUGGAAGCACAGAGGAGACAAACGUUGGGUCGGUGAAGUCAGAGGCGCAGAGUCUGCCUGAUGAGAAGCCGCCCCCUGGUGUGGGGGAUGGAGUGAUGGCGCAAAUUCCUGAUAAGAAACCUUUGAUGAAAGGUGGUCACCCGAACCAGACGGUACCAUUCAAUGCCACCAAUCCACACCACAUGUCUGGCAGGACGCCAACGUCUAUGGACGCCCCCUUUAUGCAGCAGCAGAGUCAAAUCUUUGUGUUCUCGACGUCACUGGCGAACAAGGCUGCUGAGUCGGUCGUACGGGGACAGUACAAGUCGAUCAUUGCAUAUCAUUUAGAGGAACCAGGAACGAAAAAAUUCUUACAGAAACAUCCCCUGAAGAUAUCGCAAUUCAAUCGACCCCCUGGAUUCCCGAUGUUAACGAAUUCACGGAACCAGUCUCCGCACAUGGGUCCUGGAAAUCGUCCGGUGGGAUCGUGGCCACCUGACCAGCAAGGAAUGUCCCCUGGAGGGGGCGGAAUGAACUCGAAUAACCCUGGAAUGCCGUUGAAUCCCAAUAUGCCAAACCCGAACAUGAUGCAAGGUUGGCAGGGACCGGGGCCUCCGAACGCUAUGAUGGCCCAGCAGUACGCAAUGAUGGGAAAUGCCCAGAUGGGCCCACAUGGCCCACCCGGGUCUCAUAUGAACUUAUCCCAAACGAAAGUGCCUAAUGAGAACUUAACUCCUGAACAGUUGCAGCGGCGCGAGGAACAUUUAGCGAGUCUCCGGAAGAUUCAUCAGAUGUUGUUUCCGGAGCAGGUUCAGGAGCACGGGAUGCCCGGACACCCACAAGGUAUGCCUGGCGGACCGCAUCCGAAUUCUGGAAUGCCGAUGGGACCCCAGGGUAUGCCAGGGAUGCCGAAUAUGUCUCCCAACCAAGCGAAUAUGAUGUCGCAUGGUAACUUUAUGAUGGGGCCUCACGGACAGAUGAUGAGUGGCACCCCGCCUCAGUUAUCACCGCAGGAGUUGCAGAGUUUGCCACCUGCUCAGCGCGAAUGGUAUCGGUUACAGCAUGAAUUUUACCACGAAAAGCGGCGCCACAUGGCUAUGGCUGCUCAAAAUAAUCCAUAUUUCCAGAACAAUCCCAUGAAUAUGAACUCUCCGAAUUCAAGUGGUCAAGGGCCACCUCCUUCCUAUUUUUCAUCGAUGGCUCAGAAACGCUGUGGGCCGCCCGGAUCUUUAUCACCUACCUCGCCUGGUUUUAAUGGCCCGAUGUCAUCACCGCACGGACCCAUGCCUUCGCCUCAUCUUUCGUCAGCUCAUCCAUCACCAGUUCCUGGAGAGUCCCAUUUUCAAUUUCCGUCGCAAAAGAGGCCACCAAGCCAACCGUAUCCACCAAUGGGGCAGAGUCCUGGUAUGGUCGGUAGCCCUGGGUUCAAUCAUAAUAUGCCUGGGCCUAACAUGAUGCCAUUCAAUGACCAAAUGAUGCAACCCAUGGGGCCAAACCAGGAGGGAUUCGUCCAGAAGGCAUCAAGUCCUGAAGUGUUCCUUGAUCCGUCUGCUAACAAUGUUGUGGGCGCUAAACCGCCACCAAGUUACGGCCAAGCUACCAAGCGGAGAAAGUUGGAACAGGUCCCAGCCCCGGAGGAAAUGCAGAAAAAUCUCCAACCAACUCCGUCACCUCAACAGAUCAACUAUUUACAGCAGUUUGAAGGCCAGGAAUUGACUAUAACCAAACAAGUGAAUAUGGCGUUUCAAGAUAGUGGUGGCGGUCCUCCUGGGGGACCUGAUAUGGGUUCUCUGCCUUCAAACGUCGCGCCUAACAUGAUCAAUAAGAAUUCUACUGCUCCCUCCACGCCUAGUUCUGUGAUGAGUCCGGGUCACAUGCAGCCGCACACCCCAUCUGGUCCGUUAACACCAAAUCCAAUAUCACAAAAAAUGUCAACCAAUCAUAUGCCUGGACAAGUUACGCCAGAAAUGUCUCUGUCGUCUCCGAAUCAGAUGCCGAAAUCAGCUCCUGGAGGAAUGUCUUCUUCAAGUGGGAUGCCAAGUCCGUUUUCGCCUAGUGUUGGUCCGGGCCGAACGCCUACUGUAAGCAAAAGUGCAAGCCAGCAUCCGACACCAAGUCCUGUCCAUCAUGGGCAGAUGCCAUCGCCUGCACAAGUGCUGACCCCUGGGUCUGUUCAGAGGUCAAAUACGAGUCAUAAUGGCCCCGGUACACCGCUAGCGCCGGGGAGUCAAGCGGCCAGUGCGGAUAGAUCAGGUCAAAUGCCAGUGACAAGUCCCAUGUCAAAUCAAAGCCAAAUGUCUCUAAAUAGUCCAUGUCCUGUGUCGUCUGCUAGCCAGCGUUCAAGUACAGACUCAUUGUCCAAUAUGAGCCAAGGUCCAGGAAAUCAGAUGUCUAGACCGCCAUCAAUUACCGGAGGGACGCAGAGACUCUCACAUUAUGACCCUCCGUCCAGUAAUAGUGCACCUGGAACACCGCUGACACCUACCACGAAAAGUGCAACCAUGUCCAAUAUCACGUCUGCGAGUCUGGCAAAUUUGGCCAAGGGUGUUGAACACUUGUCCAAUCAGAUGCAGCAGAACAUGAUGCAAGGUGGGCCAUUCCAUAACAUUCAGAUUCAGGGUCAAGUGACUGAGAAAGGUGUGGCGUCACCGCAGCAGCAGCAGCAGCAGUCGCCCGUGGCUGGACUGCCGCAGCAGUCCCAACCAUCACAACCGCCCAUAUCUAAUACUCCGCCAUUACAGCAGACCCCUAGCGUCAAUAAUACGUAUGUGAAUGCGACAAUGUCAAUACAACAAUUGAACAUUCAAAGUGUGAACCAGCCAAAUGUGACCGCGAGCAUGCAAGCGCAGCAGCAGAAUUCUGAAAUGGGUAUGAACAUGCCUGUUACGUCCGCCAGUGCUUUGAACUCUAUGCCACAAAUGCCAUCACAGUCACAGUCACAGUCGCAGUCUGUGACUGUGCCACAUGGACAAGGGCCGCUGCAGUCUGCCAUGAUGCAACAACAGCAGAAGAUUAUCUCGCAACAAAUGGGGAAUCCUCAAGGAAUGCAUCCUCAUCAUAUGUCCUCACAGCAUCAGCAUAUGAACAAUCAGCAUCUAAGUGCUCAACAAAUCUCAAGUCAACAGCAACAGCAACAGCAACAACAACAACAACAACAGCAGCAGCAGCAGCAGCAGCAGCAGAUGGCUAGGCAACAGAUGCAGCAGAUGAGUGCGCAACAGAUGGCCAACAAUGCGCAGCAAAUGGCAUCGCAACAACAGAUGAAUGCACAGCAAAUGGCCAACAAUGCGCAGCAAAUGGCAGCAGAACAGCAGCUUCGAGCACGACAAAUGGCAAACAAUAAUCACCAAAUGCCCCCACUACAACACAUGGGUUCGCAGCAUCUUAGCGCGCAACAAAUGGCCAAUAAUGCGCAAAUGAUUGCAUCAGAGCAACAGAUGCGAGCGCAGCAGAUGGCACACAAUGCUCAACAGUUGGCAUCUCAACAGCAGAUGAAUGCCCAACACUUUGGUGGACAUCCAAUGAAUCAUCCAAUGCACUCGCCACAGAUGCCUGGUCAGCCAAUGAGUGGGCCUGGCCUGGGCCCUCAAUCUCAAGUACCCGGUCCACCUCAGCUUGAAAAUCCUGCCAUGUCGUGUGGGCAGCAGCCCAACCCUCAUCACAGCCAUAUGGCACCGAUGGGCAGUGCACAAAUGAAUGACUUUCAAGGGCCGCCGGUGCCUAACCAACUCCAUUCGCCGCACCAGCUCCAUUCACCGCACUCGAACUCUCAAACUGUUAUGCAGCAAAUGCAGAGUAUGAUGACAAGCCAAUCGCAGCCAAUGUCUCGGAGUAGUCAGAACACGCCGUCUGUUGGUAACGCAAACGUACAGAUACAAUCGAAAGCGCCGAACACGAUACAGUACCUACCCGCUAAUCCACCAACAUCUCAACCGUCGCGUUUCCCUGCACCUCCAAAAUUGCCCGAUUUUGACACAAGUUUUGGCAACCCUGCAAUGGACGCGAAACAGCCGUCGUCAAAACUUCAGUACUUCCCCAAUAAUGAUGGACAGAAUUCACUGCCACCUAUGAAUCGGAUGCCGGGCAUGCCGAUGUCGGGCCCGAGCCCGAAUCAAACAAUUGGAAUGCAGGAGGCAGCAAUGAUGGGCAACCGUAUGCCUCACGCGCGCAUGUCGCCCAUGCAAUAUCACGCACGGCACAUGCAUCCUGGUGCUCAAGGGGGUUACCCGCAGUCGGGCAAUUCGCAGGGAAUGCCGAUGGUGCCGGGCAAUCCUGGCAUGAUGGGGAAUCAGAUGGACUUCCCGGGCCCCGGUGGCCCGAUGGACCCCUCAGGGAUGAUGGCCGGGAAUAACAUGAACAAUAUGAGUCAGCAUGUGCAGAUUCAGGGCCAACAGAUGACAGUGCAAGGACCAAUGAAUAUGCCGCCAGGUGGGGGCCAGAUGGAAGGCCCCGGGUAUAGGAUGUCGCCGCGGCCGAAUCAACCAAACUAUAAUAUGCAAUACCAACAGUUUCAGCAGCAGUUGUAUGCUCAGAAUCGGACUUCUCAGAUGAAUCCUCAGAUGGGAUCAAUGGGUCCAGUGAAUAUGAACCCCCAUUUCCCGAAUAUGAUGUAGAUGCAAUUGCACCUCCACUUGAUCAUUUUAACAUAUUUGGAUAUUUUGGCCCAUGAAAUCAGGAUAACCUGUAAUUUAUUUUGAAAUGCAUUAGAAAUAUCUAGAUAUUUCGGUCCGUGAAAUCGGGAUAACCUGCAAUUUAUUUUGAAAUACAUUAGAAAAUAAUUGGAUAUUUUGGCCAAUAAAAUCAGGAUAUCUUGUAAUUUUUGGUAUUUGAAAUGUUUUGGUUGGACCCUUUAAGAAUUGAAAUUUGAGUAAGUUACAUGAUUUGGCUGUGUUAAAAUGAAAUGUGGAGCAAAUGUAUCAUACAUGGUGCUGUGGGGUAAAAGGGAGUUUGUGGAGGUUCUGGUAUGUGCAAUGCUUACAUGUAAAUGUUGGAUUUGUUCCAUAGAAAUCAGUUGGUUAUUAUCCUGAUCUAUUAAUAUUACUGAUUGACUCGGUUGAAUUUGCUGAGCAAUUGUUCAAUAUGGAUCAGUGUAGAUGUGGAUUUCAUGUAAAUGUGGACUACAUGUAGAUGUGGAUUACAUGUAGAUGUGGGUUACAUGUGAAUGUGAAUUACAUGUAAAUGUGGAUCAUAUGUAAAUGCCAAUUACAUGUGAAUGUGGAUCGCAUGUGAAUGUGGAUCACAUGUGAAUGUUUUGGGAUCUCCUUAUGGAAUAGUUACCCAUUUCCUGUUAGGCAUGACGACCCGAAGAUGAUGUUUUUGCAAAUUUCUCACCGGGGUUGGUUUUGAAAGAGUAAAGGACUGAUAUCUGUUGUAAAAUCAUGGUUUAAUGAAUGAAAGAGAACAGUUUGAAAGAGAGCUAAGGUCCCGAAUGCAAUAUGAAACUUGGCAGUCCUUACUAACCUUUGAUCUAGAUACCUUGUGUUUUAACGCAAGACUCUUGAAGAAGGCAACCUGGUGUGAAGUCGUUGAACCUUUACCACGGGCUGCUCUGAUGACAGUCGAGGGUCAGAAUGUACGUUUGUAGUUAUCCAUCAAUAUUUUGGGAGAUUUGUGGAAUUGUGCGUCUCCGAUUUGGAUCCAGCGUGGUUGCGUGUCUCGUCCUCUGGAGGAUUUAUACAAAACCUGAUUCGUGUGGAAUUUACACCUUAAUGUGCUCAAUCGUGUUAAAUUGCAGAGAUUAUGAACAUAAAUCGGAGCUUUUAUAUAUUCGAAAGUAUUAAUAAUCGGAGAGCAUACGUUUGGAUAAGUUUAUAAAUAUAUGAAUACGACUAUAUAUAUUUACAAGAAAAUGUGAUUUACUUUGAAUGUUUGUAAAUUGGAAUGACUAGGGUAGUGCUAAGGUGUUCAGGGGUGAUUUGUAAAUUGUUCUCUGGUUUUUUGUUCCAGACCUUGUUUUGGGUGUUCCCCUCUUAAAAUUUCUUGUCCUUUUAAUGCCAAUGGUGGAGAUAUUUUCCCAAAAUUCCUAACAAAAUAUGUAGAAAGGGUGUUUUUGCUUGAAAGCUGUCUCAUUGAAACCGUUCCCUAUACCUACUGACUUGGCACUACCCCACAUAUAAAAACAGUUCAGCAGGAGUUUAAUUGCUGAAUUUUGAAAGCACUCGAUUAUUAUGACCCAGAAGUCACAUUUUGGUUGUAAUAGAGUUCUGCCUGGUUUGUUAAAGACUAAAUUUAAAGACUGAAUUGGCCUGAAAACAACUGUUCAAUGCUAAGCAUUUGAGUUUGAAGAUGGUGAACUUUCAAAACAAUAGUAAAAAUAUUAAAAACCUUGUCCUUUUAGACACAGAUGUUGACCACUAUUUAAAACUGUCUCAAUGUGACUUGCAAAAUUUUGAAAGACAGUGCCGUAAGAUGGGAUGGCAUUUGACCGAAGUGGGGUAAAAUUGUCCCAAACACUUUCCCCCUACAGCUUGAUACAUACAGAAGUGUCUUCAACGGUUGAGAGAUUGUUCAGCCAAACUUGCUAAUUUUCUGUGUAAUGCCGGAUUCUUCGCCAUUAGUCCUUCAGGAACAAUAGAAAUUUAUAAGAAAGAGCUUUGACCAUGACCUUUGAUAACACAGCCGUAGUAGCAGACGCUGAGAUGGUGUUGAAAGGCAGUGUAAGGUAAACCCUUCUUUGUGACCCUAAUACAUCUGACCCUAUUGCAGGGGGACUCUAUUGCCUGAUUUUGAACCUCCUUGCAACGUACCGCCAGGGACCUUAAGAAUCCGAACGUUAUAACCAGACUUAUUUGUAACUACUUUGCAUAAGAUGGACACUAACACAAGAAGUGAAGCUCGACUCCAUGGCUGAUAUGAAUUAAGUCUAGCAAAUGCUUUCACUUCAAGUUUGUACAGAAAGGCCUAAAUGUACAGGAGUUUUAGAUAAAAGCAUUUGCUAGUCUUUAUUCAUAUCGCCCAGUAAGCCUCAAAAAGCAGUUUCAAAGUUUAAGAAUUCGUCUUCUCUGAUGCAGUUGCACCCGAUACCUGUUGUGUGUCAGAACGUGGAAACAACCAUCAAAGUGAACAAUUUCAUUCCUCAAAUGUUACGCACGAUCAGUUGUAUGAAGAUAUUAGGUUCACGAAAAAUGUCGGGUUUACAUUAUACUGUUGGGCAAAAUGCCCCACUUGCACCAUUAGCGUAGAAAUAAACUUUGUCUGCCAUCAGUGUGUUUGGAGUCGGCUUGGGUUGGCUAUUUUCAUAAAACAGUUAAUAUUUCAUCCAUGCCUCUAUGUCUCAUCAAGCAGUGAGCAUUGGUAUCGGCUGCUGUUUUUGUGAAACCGUACUUGUAGCACUGCCGAAACACAUCCUUGACCGUAUGAAAAUUAACUGGGCCAGUCCACCGGUUUUGAAAUUCGACUGGCUUGAUGGGAUUAAACCAAAUUUUGGCUCGUUGCUUUGGAUGCUGCCUAAAAACUUAAAACGUACUGGUUUAUAAAAAUGGGAGCCAAAAACUACGCUUACUGCCCCCUACUGGAAGCAUUGGGAACCAACGUUGGUCAGGCAGUGGAUUGGUAUUGCUAUCAGUUAGCAGAUGGAGCCACUCUUCUCACAACCAUGCUUCCUCUUAGUCAGACAGUGACAGGUGUUACGUAGUUACACCAUUUCUGUGUGGGGGGAUGAUAUGCUCGGAAACUUGCCUGGUUUAAUAAUUUGACACGUUUAGAUUAAAUCCGCUCUACCCAAAGUAUGAAAAAUUCCUGAAAAUGUCCUAGGAUGCUUCUUUAUUUGACAGUAAUCUACUUUGGUUUUCUCUUGCUGUUCCGAUGUUAGUGCCUUUAUGAAAAAUAUAUUUCGGAUGAAGCGGUUGUAAUGGUAAUGUGCUGGGAUCGAUCACCGUUCCUCCCAAUGUGACCAGCUAUCUAACAAUGGCCACAUUCUGUCAAAUGAAUUAUGUUAGUCUCAGGAAAAAUUCUGUCGUCUGUCAUAUUUUGCCGUGGACCCCAGUCUACCCAAUGCCUUUGUUUUCUUCUAAUCCAGACUGAAAUAAUGAAGUUUUGUCAGAUUUAUGAAGGUUUUCCAAAACUUUAAUUAUGUAUUUUUUGGUUGAUUUAAUUUGCACACUUACUUCAAUACGCAAUCCAUGAACCUUGCCGCUAUUUAAAUUAAAAGUCGGCCUCUCUCCGAUCAGCUAAGUAAACUUCACAUAUCAAUAAAUCAUGAAUCAUGUCAAAGGUAAUCAAAGGUGUUACGCGUGUUCUGAUACAGGAAUUUCUUUAACUUUGUUUUUGUAUUUCCGCCAAUUUUUUUUGUGGACAGGGCUCCCUUUCUGAAAAAAGUUUCCCUUCUCCUGGAAUGUUAUAUCCCCUAGUUUUGCAUUCCAAAUGACCCCCUCCCCUGAGAAAAUGAAAAUAUGCCUGUAACCUCAUUUAAAGCGGCGGGAGUGGCAGGUACCAACUGCAGUGGGUCAAGCUCCUUGGCAUCAAAUGCCAAGGAUUGGUCUUGAAUGAUGUAGGAAAGGUGGCGUCUGCACCCCUGUACCACCACCAGCGGGUGGGGGGGGGGGUACAGAUCCCUGUACCACCACCAGGGGGGCGGGGAGUACAGAUCCCUGUGGUUAGAAGAAGGGGGUAUGUACCCCCCAAAAAAGUUGUUUUUUUACUCUCCGAGUGGAAGUUUGUUUGAUUUGGGAUGUAAAUGGGGGGCAUUUCAGUGUUGAAAUUUAUAUUCGGUGAGCAUUUACGCAAUUUGAAAUUUUCAAAUUCAAUUACCGCUUUUUAUUAAACAGUGUGUGCCUUUCAACCUUGAAUACAAAACACUCCUCCAAAGUUAACACAAUAAGCACGGGUGUAAUGUGCACAGCCCUUUUUUAUAAAUAUUGAGGAUAUUUCUGGAAACCAGCCAAAACAAAUUAUCACGUAAUUAACAAGGUGAUUUCUGUAACCAUAACAAGAAAAAUAAUAAAUUGCGCUUCCAUAACUAAGCAACACCUGCUUCAAGAAUCUUGGCAAACUGGCAAAUGCUGGAAAGAGAAUUUCUUCUUCUUGUUUAAUGUUAGUCAUCAGGUUUUCUUGAAGGUUAUCGAAGAGAAUUAUAUAGAACUCUUAGGAACUGGAACAAACUAGAAUGUGCUGGAAUUGUUUCAUUCUCUGGGUCCCACUUGUGGGUGUUUCACUAUUAACUCUGCCUUCGGGCAACCCUUCUGUUUUAUCAUGUGCAUCCCAACCCUGCUCGGACUCCAUCUGACUCUACAUGAAGAAAGUGCCGCUCCUCUAUAAAUCUCACUUGAGGGGAACAAACCGAGGGGAAUUGGCCCUCAUGAAAUGAUAUUGAUAUGUGAAGUUUAAAGUUUGAUAUUGAGUUUGGCCUGUACUCUGGUGGAGCUCUGAAAUGCCAGUCACAGACCUCAUCUUUAAAUGCUUGUUGUGAUGAAGAUUUUGUGUAAAUGAGUAAGGUAAGGUGGUGCAAUUAUAGACUCAUUGUGGACUGUCAUGUACAACCAGCUCUUUCCAACACUGUGGAGGCUAUAAUUGUACUGGGGCUAUAAUUAUACCACUUUACCUUAAUACUUGUAUCUAAAUUUGCAGACACCAUGACAGAACUUAUUCUUUAAAAAAAAUCAACCCUGAAUGUUUUUGAAAAAGUUCAAAAUGUGCUGAGGAUAUGAAAACAUGGGCGUUUUUGAAAUUGAAAACUUAUCUAAGUAAUAGAAGAUGUCCUGGGCAUCGGGUGAUCUUUAUGAAUAUGAGUAAAUGCUUUUACUAUAGUUUUGUACAGAAAUGCCUAGUGUAAAUGUACAUGGAAGUGUUCAGUAAAAGCAUUUACUGGUCUUGAUUCGUAUCACCCAUAGUCAGGUGGUUAGGACACAUCAUAUUCUGCGACUAACCCCUCUUCUCAGUAAACUGUCAAUGAAAUUUUGAAAGCUGGUUGAAUAGUUCUGAAACGUUUGUAGAUUUUAAUGAAAAUUCCUCUUUACAAACUUCUGGUGUCACUUUCAACUUGUCAUGUUGUCCUGAACCCAUCUUUGAAUCGGUUGCUUUCAGAAAUGUUCACUUUCGAGAAGGUUUACUGGUCUUGUGCCAGUCGGGGACUAUUAUGGAAAAUGCUAACUAAAACUAUACUAUGCAUAUCAUGUAGUUUUCUUGUGAUUUAGACUAGCUUCAUGAUUAAGUAUUGAAUACUACUGUGUAUUACAUAAGCUACUUUAUAUUAUAUUAAUGAUACCGCUGUCGAGAGUAAUUCGACGGAGACAAAGCCUUGCUAGAGUUGAACGUGUUAAUCUUAUGUAUUGUACAAACAAAAUUGACUUGUGUUCAAUUCAUGACUAUGUACUGUAAAUACAAUUGGUUGACAAAUAUUUUUUAUAAAAGUGAAAACUUUACAGUAAAAGUGUAAAAUAUUUGAA